AUGGGUGGACUAAAUAACUCUGUGAUUUCUGAGUUUGUGUUGUUAGGACUCUCCAGUUCUUUAAAAACUAAAAUUUGCCUCAUGUUUAUAUUCUCCUUACUCUAUUUAGGGAUCAUCCUGGGAAAUCUUUUUGUUUUGUUUUUGGUAAUUCUUGAUUCUCAUUUACACUCUCCUAUGUACUUCUUGCUGGCUAAUCUAUCCCUUAUUGAUGUGGGUCUUUCCUCUACCACAGUACCCAAGAUGAUCACAGACCUUUUGAAUGAACACAAAGUAAUUUCGUUUCAAGGUUGUAUGGCACAAAUAUGCUUCAUCCACAUCAUAGGAGGAGUGGAGAUGGUGCUGCUCAUAGCAAUGGCAUUUGAUAGAUAUACAGCCAUCUGUAAGCCUCUUCACUACUUGACCAUAAUGAAUCCUAAAAUGUGUGUUUCAUUUGUAGUCAUUGGAUGGAUAACUGGAAUUGUCCAUGCUAUGUCUCAGUUUGCUUUUGUUAUAAAUUUGCCCUUCUGUGGACCUAAUAGAGUAGAUAGUUUUUACUGUGAUUUUCCCAGGAUCAUAAAACUUGCAUGCAUAGAUGGAUACAAGUUUCAGUUUAUCAUUGCUGCCAACAGUGGAUUCAUGAGCCUGGGCACCUUCUUCCUGCUAUUCCUUUCCUAUGCUUUUAUUUUGGUCACUGUCUGGAAACGUUCUAAAGGUGAUUUAUCUAAGGCAUUUGUCACUUUGUCAGCUCACAUUACUGUAGUUCUUCUUUUUUUCACUCCAUGUAUGUUUCUCUAUGUAUGGCCUUUCCCCACAUCGCCACUUGAUAAGUAUCUCUUCAUUGUUGACUUUGCUAUUACUCCUAUCUUGAAUCCUGCCAUUUACACAUUAAGAAACAAAGACAUGAAGAUGGCAAUAAAGAAACUACACAAGCAGCAAUAUUAUACCAGCUUUUGCUGA